UAGCAGACGCUAACCUUUAAAUCACAAAAAAAAAAACACAAAUAUGUCUAUAGAGAAAAGAAUUCACUUCUCUUUUGAUCUUAAUCAACCAGCGCAGGAGGAUGAAUAUAAUUUGAUGGUUGAACCAGCAAUAGUCGAAAGAAACAGAAGAGUGGCUGCUUUUUUAGCGAAUGUAUGGGAUCGCUAUUCAAAUGUUGAUUUAACACUGAAAUUAGCAUUACCAGAAAAUGAAUCUGACAACUUAGAAUAUGCUCCAAAAUUUUCAACUUCAUUGCCAGCAUACUUGUAUUCAAUAUCAGGUUCUGAUCUUGGUGGUACAGCCAAAGUUGAGCUACCAUCAAUGGUUGUAAGGGGAUGCACCAAUUGUCUGCAGCACCUGCUGGUUAUCAAAACUGACCAUAAAUGUCCAAUAUGUGCAAAAACUAUGUGCUGGUUGUUGCCUAAUUAAUUUUGAGGGAAUCCUGCAUAAAGAAUUAGGAAAAGCCAAAUUUCAUGUGUACUUUAUUAAAUUAUGUAGUUGAUAUCUUUAAAUUCUUAGAAGGGUCUUUUAUCGAUAUGGUGGCUUAUUUCUAUCUAUUGUAAUUUUAAUAGUUAUUUUAUUGUACUCUAUAUAUUUU